AUACGCUUUCCGACCGAAGACACACAAGCAUAGAAUUUUUGCCACUCAUAGACGUUGAUCAAUAUAGAAAUGGCAACAUAUAGCUCAAGAAACCGUGACUCUCCCAACAUUCUCUUAACUGGUACACCGGGAACAGGUAAAACCACUUUAGGGCAGGAACUUGCUCAUAGACUUGACAUGCAGUACAUCAAUGUUGGCGAUGUCGCUAAGGAAAAGGAACUGUAUGAAGGAUGGGAUGAAGAUUAUCAGUGUCCAGUUCUUGAUGAAGAUAGGGUGAUUGAUGAAAUGGAAGAUAUCGUGACAAAUGGAGGCUGUGUUGUGGAUUAUCAUAGUUGCGAGUUCUUUCCAGAACGCUGGUUUGACAUAAUCUUCGUUUUAAGAACAGAUAAUAGUAUUCUUUAUAGCAGACUGGAACAAAGGGGCUACAGUGGUAGAAAACUUCAGGAUAACAUACAGUGCGAGAUAUUUCAGACAAUUCUUGAUGAAGCCAGGAGUUCUUACCUGCCCAGCAUUGUUUUCCCCCUUCCAAGUAAUUGUCCUGAUGACCUUGAGACCAACAUAGACAAGAUAAAAGACUACAUUGAGAGAUGGAAAGCUUCUAAAGAACAGAUUUGAAGUUGACACUCAAAAGGUGGAAGCUAAUGCUAGGAUGAAAUGUGACAGGGUUUGAAAGAAGUGUAUCCCACCCUCAACCAAUGUUUGGGCUUCAUGGAGGAUCCAUUAAUUCAUUGACAAUUUAUGCAAAUAUUGACUUGCAAAAAAAAGUGUUUUUACCUUCAUUUUUCAUAUCAACGUCUUGUAGAAAUUCCAAAAGCUGAAAUUAUGUAUUAUUUUCCUAAGCUGCACAUUCAUGUUAAAAAGAAAAUAUAUUUAUCAAAAAGUGUUAAAAAGGAAAUCAAAUUGUUUUAUACAUUUUUAUUCAUGUAUACAACACUGAAUGUUGCCAAGCAUUGUAUAAGAAAUAUCAACAUACAAUUAAGAUGGGUUGGUGAUUACUGUACUCUCAACUUUGACCUAAUUGAACUACUGUAUAGCACAAAAUAGUUUUAUUCCUUCUCUUUAUUGAAUUUUAAUAUAUGAUUUUUUAGACAUAUUUGGCAAAAUAUGUUUAUAGUGUGAACUUAAUGUUACACUUAUUCUUUUUGCAUUUUUAAGGUAAUGUUGCAAAUAUGUAUUGUUGCAAAAUGUACGUGCAACAUUUGAGAUAAACUGCCACUUAAACUGUGUAAACAAAAUUUGUAAUAUUUUAGCUAUCAUGUAGCAUUAAAGGUACUGCCUAUGUUUAGCUACAGUGGUAGCUCCAAACAUUUUGACAGGAAUCCAACAAGUAUAAUAAGGGGUUCGAACCAAGGGGUUUAAACCUGUAGGCAGGAUUUUAAAGUGGGAUUCUAAUUUUCACAAAAGGGCACUUUGAGUCCUUACCCACCUCAGCCCUACCAUUUCUUGGGUGAAUUUUAAAGAUUAACACCUCAGAUAUCCGGAAAUGGCAAUAAAAAUGCCAAAUUUCAAAUAUUCGGAGUUAAUUUCAACAACUUCGAUGCAAAUAGUGCUUUUUAAAAAUAAUUUAAAAGGGCAUUUCUGGAAAAGGGGUUGGGGGGGGGAGUGUGUUCUAUCAAACUCCUCGCUUUUAAAGAACAAUAUGAGGAAGUGGAAUCUCGCAUUCCAUUUGAUUGGCAAAUUGAUAUUAGUUCUGUGGUUUCAAAUGGCGUCCAUGCUUGUCUGUUCGUUAGUAUUUUGUCUCCUGAACCCCCACCACCCGCUGAUGCCAUCAUUGAUGAGUUAUUAUACUUGAACAAUAAAAUUUAAUAUUUGAAUUUAAAUUAGUUAUUAUAUUUUACUUGAAGUUUAGAAAAAGAAAAUAUUUUCCAUGCCACUUAACAGUGCAUAAAUCAGAUGUUCUUGUAUUUUUGCGUAGACCUUUAUUGGCUGGUAAUUAAUUACUUAAAAAGAAUUUUUAACUCCUCGCAUCAGCUAAAAACUGAAUUUUUUGAUCUGUCUCAUUGAUAAAUUAUUUGAUUUUUCCAAUGAGAGUGAGCAACUAAUUGACUAAGACUUUUCUAGAUUUUAUCCAGACAGUAUAAAAAAAAUUAUUUUAUCUUACAACUCUUUAUUAAUAUUGUGUAAUUAAUUGUAUUUGUAAAAAAACUUUUUUGCUUGAGUUAAUGCUUAAUUUAAUGGAACUUACAGAUUGAUUUCAUUCAAAAUUCAGGUCAUUAUACAUAUAUUUUUUGAGUUUUUUUAUGGCUAGUUUUUAGAAAUUACAGCUUUUUUUAUGGACUGUUCCACUUCUAGAAAGGUGUGGUUGAAAUGAGUAUCAUCAUGUGAACCUAGUGUUUGAAUUUGUGUUUAAAAAAUAAUAAAAAUAUUUAAUAACAGUACCAAAAUAUUUCUUUAGGAAUAAAAUAUAUUUGUAGAGAUUAUGUAUUCUUUUCAAAGAAAGUUAUAUACUGAAUCAAAUUACAGUAUGCAAAUUACGUAUGUAAUGAUAUGAUCAAAGUUUCUGUUGCACAGUGGUGUAUCUAGGGGAUGCAUUCCCCAACCGCUUAGUUUCCCCCAUUGAAAAUGUUCAAAGCAUAGAAAUACCCUCAUAUCACCUUAUUUUGCAAGCGUCAAGUCCCCAUCAACCCCCCCAUUUCAAAACUCCUAGAUAUGCCACUGCACUGUAGGGUGUCUAUUUUUCCCCUUCAAAAUAAUCCACGCAAUAUUUGUGUCAGUUACGUGAAUAAUAAACUACUGACAAAGAGGUAUGCUACUGCAUAGUAGAAUUUUCUGACAGAAAUAGUGUGUGUUGUAACAAGGACUUUCAAGUCCUUGGUUGUUGUAAGCGUUCCAUUUCUCAUAUAUUUAUAAGAAUAUUUAUUUGAAUAUAUUAGAUAUUCAUUUACACCAAAAAAAAAAAAAAGCCUCAUGCAAACUGCCCCCUCAAAAACCAAUUUAAAAUUUAGGGGCAUAAUUCAAAUAUGUUAAUAUGUACCUAAAAAAUUGGAUAUCUCAAUAUUUUUAAAUAUUUAUUUCAAUAAAACCAAUUAAAAAAGUACAAAGUAGUUCAGAUUGAUUCUAGCCUGGUUCUCACGAGAGACCUAAUAUCCGGAUCGGGAGCUAACCGUUAGCACCUAUGUGAGAACGCCUAAUGGUUAGUAAGCGCUAUCGGUUAGCAAGUGAGCGCGUUUCCAUCAUCAACCAAUCACACUUACGCGUUUCCAUUUCCAGUUUCUUGUUGGCCAGUGAUUCGAUCAUCAUAUUCUUGGUAUCCGGAUCGGGAUUUUCUCGUUUGGACGCAUGGCAGCUAACGGUUAGCAGGAUCCGGAUCCUGCUAACCGUCAGCUGCCGUGUGAGAACAAAGCCAAUAUGAACUAGUGUCAACUAUCUUAUAAUAAUAACCAUAAACCAAUGAUAAAUUAAAAAUAUGAGAGGUAGACAAUAUAACUGUAGUAGGUAAAUGAUGUAUAAAUUGUUGAAAUUAAAUAACAAAAAGUA